AUGUUUGCCAAAUCAGCUUCCUUGUUAGCCUUGCUUGUUGUCGUGUUGUUGCAAGAGGUCACCGGCAACGCCGUGAGCGCCGGAGAGCUAGCUCGUCGACAAUCCAGUUCGAGCACGACGAUCACGACUUUCACGGAGAAAUGGAGCGAAGUCUCCACGUACUUUUCGGACUGCCGAAACACUUUCCAGUCCACUACGUCUUACGAGGUGGCUAUCAAAUCGGUGGACACCCUCUACCAAAGAUGCCAACCUGUUGCCACCAGUUACGCGUCAUGUGCUGGCUGUGCUUCUGUUGCUCAAAGCUCCAGUAGUCAAGUGGCCACUUUUCAACAAAGCAUCCAGCGCUCCUUCACCACUUGGCAAGAGAUCAUCAAGAUCGGAAAAUCCCGUUUCUCCGACAGAUGGCAAUCUGACUUCGCACCUUCAUUUGCAAGAUUCGAUGUCGUUGUUAAGGCGGCGAACAGUGCUUGUUCGUCCUUGAAUCUCAAGCUCGAUGUGCUCUUGAAAGGUUUGCGAUUGGACCUCAAUCUCUUCUUGGGCAUCAACAUCAACCUGGGAGGCAUCCUUGGAAUCGUGGGCUCACUUCUCGGCGGGAUCCUCGGACGAAGAGAAGUUCAGCUCUUGGAGGAAUAG